CGCCUGCCAGCCCGCCAGCUCGCCCGGGCCGCGACUCAUGUCCCGCCGCAAGGCCGGCUGUACGCCCCGCCGAGUAGACCCCGUGCCCGCCGCCAACUCUGACGACGAAACGGAGAUGCGGGACCUGGUCAUCGAUAUGAAGCCGGAGCCAAACCCUUGGCUCCUACAGGUUCCGGGGCUGGGGCCCUUCUCCCCAAAGGAAGUGCCGGCGCCGGGGCGGUUCGAGGGCGAACCCUGCCACUCCCCCGGCCCAGUGCCCGCCGGCGGCCUCCACGCUAUCGGCUCGCAGAACCAGUGGGCACGGUGGACGCCUCUGAUCCUGAAUCCUCAGGACCGCCAGCCCUGGACCGACAAACACCCAGAUAUGUUGACCUGCGGCCGCUGCUUGCAAACCUUCCCGCUGAAGGCCAUCACUGCUUUCAUGGACCACAAGAAGCUGGGCUGUCAGCUCUAUAGAGGCCCCAGCCCUUGCCAGGGCUCAGAACUCAAGGACCUGAAGGCCCUGAUCUGCCUCCGCUGUGGCCAGCAGUUUGAGAGGGCCUGGAAACUGCUGCGCCACGCCCAGUGGGACCACGGACUGUCCAUCUACCAGACAGAACCUGAGGCCCCAGAGGCCCCGCUGCUGGGCCUGGCAGAGGUGGCUGCCGCUGUGUCUGCAGUGUCUGCAGUGCUGGGGCCAGAAGUGGGGGCCAAGGGCCCCAGGGCAAGCAGCCAUCCCCGGAAGAUCCCCACCUGCCCAGUUUGCAUGAAGACCCUCAGCUCCUUUAGCAACCUCAAGGUGCACAUGCGUUCGCACACAGGUGAGCGGCCCUACGCCUGCGACCAAUGUCCCUACACCUGCGCCCAGAGCAGCAAGCUCAACCGCCACAAGAAGACCCACCAGCAGUUGCAGCCCCGGAGCCCCUAUAUGGCCGAUGCCAGUCAGGAACAGGCCUCCGCCACCCCUCCAGAGCCAGCUGCCCCUCCAGAGCCCGCCGCCCAUGCUGCGGCCCCGGCCAGCACCAUCCCAUGCAGCGGUGUUGGGGAAGGGGUCGGAGCUGCCGCCACAGCAGGUAUGCAGGAACCUGGCGCUCCUGGUGGUGGGGCCCAGGCGGGCCCUGGUGGGGACGGCUGGGGAGUCGCCCUCAAGGAAGAAGAGAGAACUGACCCUGCCCAGAGCCCAAAGAUGUCGCCCAAGAAGACGCCAAAGCCAGUGGGCAAAAGCCGCGGGUGUGGGGGCAGCUGUGAGUUCUGUGGGAAGCAUUUCACCAACAGCAGCAACCUGACAGUGCACCGGCGCUCACACACAGGGGAGCGGCCCUACGCCUGCGAGCUCUGCCCCUACGCCUGCGCCCAGAGCAGUAAGCUGAACCGCCAUCGCCGUAUGCAUGGCCUGGGGCCUGGUGGCGCGCGCUUCGAGUGCCCCCACUGCCAUGUACCCUUCGGCCUGCGGGCCACCCUGGACAAACACCUGCGACAGAAGCACCCUGAGGCAGGCGGGGAAGCCUGAGUGGCAGGAAUGACCUCCCUCCCUGCUGUCCCUGGUACCACUGUACCAGGUCUAUUGACUUUGUCCUUAACCUGGUGUGAAUAAAUCCCUC